GUCGGAUAUCGAGGGACUUGCAGUGAGGCUCAUAAUCUAGAUUCUGCAGCAGACCAGCCCGUUCCUGUCUUUGGUGUAGAUGCACGGCUGCUGAUUGGAGAUUCGGACACGGCAGCGGAUGCGGGGUCUGUGGCUUUGCAGCGAGACUCGGGCUGCUCGACGAGGCUCGGCUCGGUUGGCUGGAUAUGUGACGGGCGUGCUGAUAUUCUGGGUGAUUGAGUGCUGGUGCUGCAUGGCGCCGUCCGGGACGGCAGAAGGAAGGAAGGAAAGUUGGGGCUGGAGAUUGGCUGGAGCUGAGAGUAUGGCCGAAUCGGUGCUUUGUGGAUGGACGGGUUCUUAUUGGGUGGGGUUUUCGUGCCGUGUUUGGGGUUUUAUUGGUUCUUUUGUGGGUGGGUUUAUUUUGGGGGUUUCGAGUCUUGGAUGGAUGUCGACGAUCGCUGGUUCUGGUGAAUGGGAAUGCGGAUGCGGGUUCGUUGCUCAGGUCAGAGGAAUAGGAGAAGUUGGAAGAUCUAAAUUUCUCGCUCAAGUGACGAUUCAGCUGAAACUUAGGGGCUUAAGUUAACUAUGAGACGGGUGGCUUUGAGGUAAUGGCUUUCUCUCGGGUUGUUUGGCAAUAUAUUGGUGUGAAGCCACUUCGAUAUAGGGGGAAGUGUGAGGCUUACUUGUCUAUUUGCGUUGCGUGCUUCUUGGCAAUACUUAUGGC